GACACCCCAGCGUUGCUUCGCCAUAUUGUUUUGAGUGGAAGAAAGAAAGAUCCCGAGAAGGGCGCAUAGAAUAUAAAUAUACAUUUUGUACUAUUGGGCAAACUGUUUAGAUAACGGAAUAAAGGUGAAGAUGGCAGACGAUUUUGAUGUUGAGGCAAUGCUAGAAGCUCCGUACAGAAAGGAGGAUGACGGAAGAGGAGAUGCAGACAGAGACCGAGAAAAGAGGAAAAAGAGAAGCAGGAGUCGUGAUAGAGACAGGGAUAAAGACAAGGAUAGAGAUCGCGAUCGACGCAGGAGUAGGAGUCGUGAUCGGCACCGAGAUCGAGAUAGACAUCGUGACCAUGAUCGACACCGAGGACGGGACCGGGAUAGAGAAAGAAGAGAAAGAAAGCGCAGUAAGAGUCGUGAAAGCAGGCGGAAGAAGAGCAGAAGUAAAUCUAAAGAAAGGAGGAAAAGUCGGUCACCAGAACGAGAGAGAAAACAGCGGAGCAAUAGUAAAAGUCCCAUGAGAUAUCUUAGACAACCAGGUCCAGAGUUAACUCCAGAGGAGAGAGAUGCAAGAACUGUGUUUUGUAUGCAGCUUUCAGCCAGAAUCCGACCGAGAGACCUUGAGGAAUUCUUCUCCUCAGUGGGAAAGGUGAGAGAUGUUCGUUUAAUCAUGGACAACAAAACCAGGAGAUCAAAAGGCAUCUCCUAUGUGGAAUUUCAAGACACUGAUUCUGUGCCAUUAGCGAUAGGACUUACCAACCAGAAAUUACUCGGUGUGCCCAUUAUAGUUCAGCCCUCUCAGGCCGAGAAAAAUAGAGUAGGAAACCCCAGCAGCAUCUUGACAAAGGGAACCAUUGGACCAAUGAGGCUAUAUGUCGGUUCCCUUCAUUUCAACAUCACAGAGGAAAUGCUUAGAGGAAUAUUUGAGCCAUUUGGAAAGAUUGAUGACAUUAAAUUAAUAAGAGACCAUGAAACCAACAGAUCCCAAGGCUAUGGAUUCAUAUCAUUCCAUGAUUCUGAAGAUGCCAAGAAAGCUUUGGAACAAUUAAAUGGAUUUGAACUGGCUGGUCGACCAAUGAAGGUUGGUCAUGUGACUGAGAGACAGGGAGAGAUCCAGGGGGCCUCUAUGUUGGAUAGCGAUGAGAUGGAUAGGGCAGGGAUAGACCUUGGGGCCACAGGUCGUCUACAGCUUAUGGCCAAAUUGGCAGAGGGCACAGGAUUCCAGAUUCCUGAGUAUGCUGCCUCAGCACUAAAUAUCAGCCAACAGGCACCAGGUGUGGCUUCAGUACCAGCAGCAGGGGGACCCCCUAAUGUCUCGGCCAUUAUGGGAAGCCAGGGACAAGGACAAGACAGUACAGCGCCACCUAUAGCCACCCAGUGUUUUAUGCUCUCAAACAUGUUUGAUCCUACUUCGGAAUCCAGGACGACCUGGGACCAGGAGAUCAGAGAUGAUGUUAUAGAGGAAUGCAACAAGCAUGGGGGAGUCCUUCACCUGUAUGUAGACAAGGCCUCACCCCAAGGGAAUGUGUACGUCAAGUGUCCAACGAUAUCUGCAGCCGUAGCAUCUGUCAGGGCCCUCCAUGGGCGAUACUUUGGAGGUAAGAUGAUAACCGCGGCUUACGUACCCCUUCCUAAUUACCACUCCCUGUUUCCGGAUGCAGUGAGAGCCAAUCAGUUACUGCUCCCUUCCACACAGGCCCUCCAGGCAGGAUACCCAACCUCCAUGUUCUCAAACGUGCAGCCCGUGAUGAGAUAACCUUCCAAGGCCAGUCUGUAGACAUUAUCAGCAGCAUGUGAAUCGCUGUGACAAAUGGGAAACUAGGUCAUUCUUCAUGUGGGAAAAAACUUUCAUAUUACAGCUGAUAAUCAGAGAUGCGCAUUAUUGUGUGCAAGAAGUGUAACAUUGGACAUUCGCGUUGGUAUUUUAGAAGAGGUGAAAUGUGAUUUUACCAAACUUAUUUUUAACAAAAGCUGAUGAUCAUUUGAAGAAUGUGAAUCGUCUAUAUUUGCAUGUAUUUUAAUUGAGUCGCUGAUGAUUUGUUUAAAUGGCAAGAGUUUUGACUGAAUAUGUAAAUACAUGUGUAUGCUCAUGUUGUAACCCAAGUUUACUUUGAGAAUCAUCCAUCUUAAUUGAUUAUCAGAGAUUUACAAUGUAGAUGGUUUGUAAAUUUUAACAUGCAGCAGCAAAAUUUCCCUUAAUUGUGGAUGAAUACAAUACAAAUGACUUAAGUGUAAUAAAAAGAAAUUUGCACUUC